AGACUUUGAAGGAAAAACCCAAAAGAAGCCGCCGAUCCCUCUAGGGAGAGAAGGCUUCAUUCGUCAUGCUGAAUUGGUUGUGGUGAUGAAGGACACUCCUAUACUAACUCCAGCACUUUCCUGUACCUACGAUCCUUCGUUCGUGCCGCUUCCGUCUCUCACUGCAAUAUAAGGCUUCAUCAUUCUGAGAUGGGCCAGCUUCAAGUUCUUUCCAUCUCUCUUGCUUUACUCAAGGAGAUCACAUACCCCUGCUUCUAUUUCACAUAGUAUAUCUUGUUGUGCGUGGGUGCGCAAGAUCUACAUAGCCACAAUUUGCGCAUUUUGUCCUCCAACUCAGACUGAGGUUUCGUUCUCUGCGUCUCUAUUGAUAUUGGUCGACCUGCAGCGAUGACUCUCAUGAAGCAAGGUAUGCAGGUCGAGGUGGAGUUGCGCGUCCCACUACAAAAGCUGUGGGAAGCACUGAAGAAUCUGAACCUACUGGCUUCAAAGAUCGCUCCCAACUUGACUCAUCAGAUUCUUGAGGGUGAUGGUGGCGUGGGAACUGUGAAUCUGAUACAGUUUGGUGACGGAAGGUACGAGAAGGAGCUGGUGGACAUGAUCGAUGAAAGAACCCACACGCUGGUUGCAACUGUGAUGACGGGAGGGAUGGACGUCAAGUAUAAUCAAUACAAGAAAACGGUAGCUCUGUCUCCAGCUCGCAACGGUGCCACAACUAUCGCAUGCUGGCGUGCAGAGUACGCCCCCGUCGCGGAGUCUACUCCUUCCGGGUUGUCACGAGAUAACGCACUCUCUUUUUUCAAAGCGCUGGAGUCAUUUCUCAACACAACGAGGAAUCCUUACGCUUAGACUUGUAAUUUGUUCUCCAGCUAUCAUGACACUAGUGUCUCACAUUCGUGGCGCUGAAUCGAUUUGGAAAGUGGAUGUCACGACGGCGAAUACUCCUACUAUUCACAAGCGUUUACUGAUAUAUGUACCAUUUUCCACAGAUUGUACAAUAUAUACUACACCGUGUCUCACGGUGGGUUAUUAAACCUCCUGUCGACCGUACAGUAUGGAUCCUGAAAUUAUUUUGGUUGACUCUGACACCGAUGAGUAACUGUGAUAAAGCGGGUCACACGAUGGCUGAUGGGAGAACCAUGUGUUGGUGAAAUUGAAACCUUUUAUCUGUAUCUGUCUGUUCUUUGAGCGUAUUUCGCUGCAACUGCAAUAAUUGUGCACCCUUGAACCGA